UUGAUAAAAGUAAAACACACAAAAAUGUUCUAAAGAAAGAGUGUAUUACGUACUCUCAUCAAUUUCUUAGACCUUUAAUUCAAAUCUUAUAUGUUACUACGAGUUUUUUUUUUUUGGUAUCAUGCAUUAAAAGUUAAUAGAUAUUAUUGACAUUUUUACAUAUAAGAACAAGGAACAAAAAAAAAAAAGGCAAAGUGUUGAGAAUUCCUUUUCCUUUGAGGGAUUUCGUAAUUUAUUUGUCAGACGAUUACUAUAAAUCCUCUGUUUUAUCCUAUCUUCUUCUUCAUCAAUAGGUAACAAACAAAUUAGUUGAGACGACGACAAGACCAGGAUGUCGAAGACCAGGAUGUCGAAGACCAGGAUGUCGAAGAGACGUUGCUUGAGGAUGGAAUCACUGCUGCACCACGAUAUCGUAGAGCGAAUACUGGAGAAACUUCCGGUGAAUUCUUUGAUGAGAUUCAAGACUGUAUCAAAACAAUGGAAAUCAACUAUGGAAUCCCGAUACUUCCAAUAUAGAGUAUUGAAGCAAUCAGGAGGAGGAGAUCCACAUGUUCUCAUGGUGUCCGUAUGUACUCAUCAUGAACCCACGUCCACAGAAUUUUCUCUAAGAACACUGGUUUUGGGUUCAUCAUCAUCGCUCAAGAUCCCUACUCCUUGGGAGAAGGACAACACAGAGUACGUAGUUUCCUCUAGUAGCUGUGACGGUCUGGUUUGUAUCUAUUAUCCCCACAAAUCCGGUUUUGUUGUCAACCCCACCACUAGAUGGUAUCGGCCUCUUCCUCUCUGUGAAUAUCAACAACUCAUGAUCCGCUUAGGAGAAAGUUACUUCAAGCUUAAUCACCCACUCUUUAAGGUUGGAUUCGGUAAAGACAUACAUGUCGGGACGUACAAACCCGUUUGGCUUUACAACUCUUCAGAAAUAGGCCUUGAAAACGCUACCACCUGCGAACUUUUCGACUUUAGCACCAACGCUUGGAGGUAUGUCACUCCCGCUUCUCCUUAUCGCGUUCUUGGUGUUGGUUGCCCCGAUCCUGCCUUUGUUGACGGGUCGCUUCAUUGGUUCACAGACUGCCAAGAAACCAAAGUUGUAUCAUUCGAUCUUCACACCGAAGCUUUUCAAGUCGUCUGUAAAGCUCCCUUUGUCUAUACCAAUCCUUACGAGAUCGUCAUGUGCAACCUCAACAACCGCUUGUGCGUAUCCGAGAAGAAGUGGCCCAACCAAGUGAUUUGGUACUUCAAUUCAGACAACAAGAAAUGGGACAAAAUGUUUUUCAUUGAUCUGGAGUUAAUUGAUUUUUGGCAUGAUGUCCCAUUAUAUUGCGCUCUCAAGCCACUAGCACUUCUGGAUGGGGAGAAGAAGUCGAAGAAAAAGAAGAAGUUGCUGUUUUAUGAUCGUGAGCUACGUUAUAAACUGUUGACAUAUGACCCCGAAACCGGAUUAGAUGAUGUUGCUUUCUCGGCUGAAUCCAUUGGACAUCCUGUUUGUUAUUUCCAGAGUAUAGUCUCUAUUUUAUAAGCAAUUUUAUUAAUUAUAUUGUCAUAUGUAACCUUUGCUUCCUCCAUCAACAGGAUAACAGGAUUGUGGU